AUGGCGGAGCCGGGUCGCGGCCCGAGCGGCGGCGGCGGCGAGGAGGAGGAGGAGCCGGGUCCCGGGGAUAAGGAGGAAGCAGCGCCGGCCCCUAAGAAACGGCGGCUGGCGGCCGGGGAGCGCUACGUGCCGCCGCCGCGGAAGCUGAGCACGGGGGUGAGCUUCGGAGCGGUGCACUUCGCCGAGACCUCUUACUACUUCGAGGGAGGGCUACGCAAGGUGCGGCCCUACUACUUCGACUUCCGCACCUACUGCAAGGGUCGCUGGGUGGGCCGAAGCCUCCUGCACGUCUUCAGCACCGAGUUCCGCGCUCAGCCCCUCGCCUACUACCGCGCCGCCGCCCGCGCCGGCCGCCUCCGCCUCAACGAAGAGCCCGUGCGCGAUCUGGACAUCGUGCUCAAGAAUAACGAUUUUCUCAGGAAUACGGUGCAUCGCCAUGAGCCGCCGGUCACUGCCCAGCCUAUCCAGAUCUUGGUGGAGGACGAUGAGGUGGUGGUUGUGGACAAACCCUCCUCUUUGCCAGUACAUCCCUGCGGCAGGUUUCGUCACAACACGGUCAUCUUCAUCCUAGGCAAAGAGCAUGAUCUGAAGGAGUUGCAUACCAUUCACCGGCUCGAUCGCAUGACCUCAGGAGUACUUAUGUUUGCCAAGACUGCAGAGGUAUCCAAGAGGAUCGAUGAGCAGGUUCGGGAGAGACAGCUGGAAAAGGAGUAUGUCUGUCGUGUGGUGGGGGAGUUUCCAGAACACGAAGUGGUCUGUGAAGAGCCCAUACUGGUUGUUUCUUACAAAGUGGGAGUGUGCCGCGUGGACCCCAAAGGGAAAUUCUGCAAAACCAUCUUCCAGAGACUCAGUUACAACGGCAAGACCAGCGUAGUCAAGUGUCUUCCGCGUACUGGCCGCACGCACCAGAUCCGGGUCCAUUUGCAGUAUUUGGGGCAUCCUAUUGUCAACGACCCCAUCUAUAAUAUGGAAGCCUGGGGCCCCGACAGGGGUAAAGGUGGCAAGAUCGAUAAAACGGAUGAAGAACUCCUUAAGGCGCUAGUGGAGGAGCAUCGUUCCAAACAAAGCCUGGAUAUCUUGGGUAUUUCGGAGGAGGACUUGAACUCCAGCGCUGAAAAUAAAGACUGUGGUAAUUCAAGUGACUGCGCAAAGUCUGCGCGGGCUGAUCCUAUAAAUGAGAGCUCCUGCCCUGCCGAGGACACUAAGGAUCCUGACAGGGACGCUCAGGAUCCCGAGAGAAAUGACAUAGCAGCUCAUCCACUGAACUCUGAUACCAACCUGGAAACGCUUGAAAAAAAUAAAGAACUGGGUUCAUGUGAGAAUCAGGAUGGGCAAGCGGGAGGCAAGAGUUCAGAGGAGAAGGACCCUUUAUGCGUGGAGUGUAAAAUCACAAGGCGGGACCCAUCUCCCAAGGAGCUGGUGAUGUACCUACAUGCCUUGCGCUAUAAGGGAGCGGAGUUUGAGUAUUGUUCUAAGAUGCCCGAGUGGGCAAUGGAAGACUGGGAGGAAUGACCGAGGACAUCUGACGCCUACGGACACUGUUGGCCAGGAAAGCGUCUUGUAAAGACCUCAGAUCUACUGUUUCGAUGUGGUUGAGGUGAACAAAGUGCCCGUGACUUACGAUGGGGCGGGAAGGAUUGUUGGGGCUGGAGAAUUGUCCUGACUGCCGACAGGCACUGUAAAAGAUGAGCAGGAAGACGGGGCUACAACACUAGAAUUACGUUGCCCUUUAGUGAACUAGCACUUCAGGGCAACAAACGCUGCUCGGCCCAGGCAGCUGUGCCUUUCACCUCAACCUGUUCUGGGUCUGCUGUCCAUUACCCACACAGAUAAUUAAGUGCAUGCACUUAGAAGUCAGCAACUGAUUUUUCUUCUGGCCUGCUAUGUUCUUGUAUCUUACAAUAAGAGCUACUGGAAUGUUGUUCAAUACGCUGGAUGUCAUGUCAUACGCAAAACUAUUUUUACUGUAUUUUAUUGUCAGACUGAUUUUUAAACCUCAAAUAUUAUCACUGAGAACACCAUAAAGUAAAACCAGAGCACUGUGAAGCUGAUCCAUUUUGUGCUUACUGUUUGUCAGCAA